ACCAGCUUUGGCCGUGUACCGCAUCGUUCACUGACGCGUUAAGGCGAUAAUGUCUUAUCAGUAACGCUAGCGCCAUCGGCGCACAUGCUCAGGUCUUUUGCUCUCAGAUGCCGUUGACAAGCAGUGUCCGGAUUCUUUUUUUUUUUAGAGCGUCUAUUUUCCCUCAUUCCUUGGGGCUACAUGUCUCAAUGAACGCUAAGCGUGGUCUAGAAAACAGGUCUAGAACACCUCAAGUUUCAUGGCCGGGGAUUACACGCAGCACGUGCUCUUUGAUGUGGACACGCGAAGAAAACAGAAUAAACCAACAUUGGGUCAGCAUUGUCGAAUAAUUUUAGGAAAUUAGUCGCCUUUUGCCACGUUACAGACUACAAAUACAAUAUGCUAAGGCUUAGCUCAUCUUG